AUGGAGUUCAUUCAUGGAGUGAAAGUGAACGAUGUGGAGCAAAUCCGAAAGGAGGGAAUCGAAACAAAGCAGGUCGCACGGCUGUGCGUGCAGGCUUUCGCUGCGAUGAUCUUCCAGGCUCCUUUCCUUCAUGUGGACCCGCACGCGGGGAAUUUGUUUGUUCGAAAACAGAAGAACGGAAAGCCACAGCUUGUGUUGUUGGAUCACGGAAUGUAUAACUACUUUGAGAAGGGCUUUAACGAGUUUAUCCAGGAGUUGUGGCUCGCGAUGGUCGCGCAGGACCAGUCGCGCGUGAAUGAAUUGUGCAGCGUGUAUCAGUUGGAGCGAUUUGCGCAGCUGAUUUCGUUGUCGAUGACGGGACGUUCGAUGACGUCCCACAACAAAUUUGGAGAGGAAAUGAGCGGAGAGCUGCACGAUUCGAUCGAGGAGCGAAUGAAACACGCGAUGCAGACCGUAACGAUGGAGAUCUUUGAGAAGCGAAUCGGAAUCGUGCGUGUGUCUCCGCGAGUUUAG